UAUGCUACUCUGUUUGUUCUGGUCCUGGGCCGCUGCACUCCUCCUCUGGUGUUUUCUGGAUUGUACUCAGCUGCUUGCCUUCGUCCAUCCAGCCUCCGUUGACUCGUCCCGCCUGCCGUCUCUGGAGUUGAAGCUGGAUUGGAAGAGACCAAAGUACAGUCCAAUCAUGAUGCCAGCUGCUUCUCAAAAGGCUCCUUCAUCUGGCAGUACUUCUUCUGAGGGGAAGUUGAGCUUCAGCAGAACUUUGGAGAUGUGUUCCAGUGGUUGGUGGAUGUGUGAGGAGAUAGAGAGGGACCUUUGAAUUGUUCAGAAAGGAAACGAGGGAACCCAUUGGUAGUUUUAGCAUAGGGUGCUACUGCGGUGUGUUUUGGGGUUUUAAGAGGUGAACAUGAAGAGUUUUUUUUCAUAUUGAUCUUUUACUUUGUUCCUGGUUGGAAUGCCCAUCAAUGUCAAGGAUCAGACUCACCAGGCUGGACUUCUCUUCACCACAUUGGAUCCAGAAGCCUCAGAGAUCAGGAGGUGGUCUCAGCUGGUGUGUGAGUCUGUGACGCCCCCUGCUGGAGCACCGGAGCAGCGCAGCCUCGUCACCUCCGGCCGCUCAGGUGCUGAUUUGCCGGAAUUACAAAGGCGAUGUGGACAUGGCCGAGAUCGACCACUUCAUGCCUUUGCUCAUGCAGCAUGAAGAGGAGGGACUUCUCUGCCCUGUGAUAUCCCACGGCAACGUUCACUUCAUGUGGAUCAAACACAGCAACCUCUACCUUGUGGCCAUGACAAACAAGAACUCCAACGCCUCCCUCGUCUACUCAUUUCUCUACAAGCUAGUCGAGGUGUUCACAGAGUACUUCAAAGAGCUGGAGGAGGAGAGCAUUCAGGAUAACUUUGUGGUCGUCUAUGAGCUGCUGGAUGAGCUAAUGGACUUUGGAUUCCCUCAGACUACUGACAGCAAGAUCCUUCAGGAAUACAUUACUCAGGAAGGUGCCAAGCUCGAGGUGGCAAAGACCAAGGUGCCGACCACCGUCACCAACGCUGUCUCCUGGCGGUCGGAGGGCAUCAAAUACAAAAAGAACGAGGUCUUCAUUGAUGUCAUCGAGUCCAUCAACGUACUGGUGAAUGCUAACGGCAGUGUGAUGAGCAGCGACAUCGUGGGCAGCAUCAAGCUGAAAACCAUGUUGUCUGGGAUGCCUGAGCUGCGGCUGGGCCUCAAUGAUCGAGUGCUUUUUGCCCUCACAGGACGUGACAAGGGGAAAACGGUGGUGAUGGAGGAUGUAAAGUUCCAUCAGUGUGUCCGGCUGUCACGUUUUGAGAAUGAUCGUACGAUCUCCUUCAUUCCUCCAGACGGGGAAUCUGAACUCAUGUCCUACCGCAUCAACACUCAUGUAAAACCUCUGAUUUGGAUUGAAUCCAUCAUCGAGAAAUUCUCUCACAGUAGAGUGGAGAUCAUGGUUAAGGCAAAAGGACAGUUUAAGAAACAGUCUGUGGCAAAUAAUGUGGAGGUGAGGGUCCCUGUUCCCAGUGAUGCCGACUCGCCAAAGUUCAAAACCAGCACGGGCAACGCAAAAUAUGUGCCUGAGAAGAACCUGGUGGUGUGGACCAUCAAGUCUUUCCCUGGAGGGAAAGAGUUUCUCAUGAGAGCCCACUUUGGUUUGCCCAGUGUGGAGAAUGAUGAGUUGGAGGGUAAACCUCCAAUUACUGUCAAAUUUGAAAUCCCAUACUUCACAGUCUCAGGAAUACAGGUGCGGUAUAUGAAGAUCAUAGAAAAAAGUGGAUACCAGGCUUUACCCUGGGUCCGCUACAUUACACAGAGUGGAGACUACCAGCUGAGGACCAAUGUGUAGAGCCUAAGGGGAUGUUUUAUUAUGUAUUCCUCAUGUCCAGGACUUCCAGAGGAGCAUUAAUGAUCACUUUCACUAGACUAAACGAAUGUCUUUAAAAUUUCAAUGUCAAUGAUCGUGUUUUAUGAAAAACCUGUGUGAAACUUGACUUUAAUGUUUCUAUUGUGUGCAAAUUAUUUAAACGCUUAAUCACAGUAUUCCCUAAAUAAAAGUUGUCAUCAGUAACA